GACAAUAUCGGUUUUUGUUUUGUCUGUGUAGUUAUUUUAAUUACGAUAAAAUGGCGGAUGUUGAGUGUCGAACGGAGAGAAGAAAUCGACCGGGAACGAAGACUGUUGAAUAUUACCGUUGGCCCGAAGAACUGUUUGAAGAAAUGGACAGUACCUUGGCCGUCCAGCAAUACAUUCAACAGCUUAUUCGUAAGGAUUUUACUGCAAUCGAUGAAAUCCUUAAAGCCCCAGAUUCUCAAGACGAAGGUGUUUGGAAAUAUGAACACCUAAGACAAUUUUGUAUGGAAUUGAAUGGAAUAGCAGUCAAACUUCAAAAUGAGUGCCAUCCUGAAUCUUGCACACAAAUGACAGCAACUGACCAAUGGAUUUUUUUGUGUGCUGCACACAAAACUCCUAAAGAAUGUCCUGCCAUUGAUUACACUAGGCAUACAUUAGAUGGUGCUGCUUGUCUUCUUAACAGUAACAAGUAUUUUCCAAGUCGCAUAAGUAUUAAAGAAUCUUCAGUGGCAAAACUGGGAUCGGUAUGUCGUCGAGUCUACAGAAUUUUUUCUCAUGCGUAUUUUCACCACCGUAAUCUUUUUGAUGAAUUUGAGAACGAGACUUUCCUUUGUCGGCGUUUUACCGAAUUUGUAACAAAAUAUAACCUCAUGUCGAAAGAAAUAUUGAUUGUGCCGAUUUUCGAGGAAGUUGAUGCGAGUGGUUUUAUAGGACAUGCAGCAGAGUCUGAAGCAUAAGCAAGAAUGGACAAAAGUGUCUGAG